AUGUCGACCUUUGAUGGUAUUAUAGAAGAGUUUCCCGAGAUUCGCAUUGACUAUUUUCGGAAAUGUCCCGAGCGACCAGCGCCACUGGCUUGCUUCCUUAGCCAUGUGCAUAGCGAUCAUUUACAGGGCCUAGAGUCCUUUCGGACAUCCUUUAUCUACUGCUCGCCGGCCACGCGAGAGCUGCUCCUCCGGAUUGAAAAAUAUCCCCAUCGGAUGAACUUUAAUAAAGGCAUCUUGGAGUCACGCCGACUGCACUAUAAGCAUCUUGCCAAGCUUCUGCGCCCAAUUCCACUGAAUACCCCAACGGAAAUUGAGCUCACCCCCCGACGUCGUAUCAAGGUGACAUUGUUUGAUGCCAACCAUUGCACUGGGGCUGUGAUGUUUCUAAUUGAAGGCGACGGGAAGGCAAUCAUCUACACAGGUGACAUUCGAGCCGAAACAUGGUGGGUAAGCAGCUUGGUCCGCCACCCAAUAUUAAUACCGUAUACUCUGGGCCAGAAACGGCUGGAUAAGUUGUAUCUAGACUCUACCUUUGCAAGCAAGACAAAUCCAUUCCGCGAGUUCCCUUCCAAAGCCGAGGGAUUGUCUGAGCUGCUGCAGAAAGUCCAGGCUUAUCCUGAUGAUACAGUUUUCUACUUCCGUGCGUGGACCUUCGGCUACGAGGAUGUCUGGAUAGCGCUCUCAGCUGCGCUUAACACAAAGAUUCAUGUGGACCGUUACCAGAUGGGACUUUAUCGGUCUCUGAUCCAGACUCCAGGAAAUAGAGGAGUCAGCGAAGCUCCUGCCCUCUGUGGCUUUGAGCUGGGAAACAAAGCUGUAGCAGGCUGCCUCAGCAACAGCGAAUCAAGUCGAAUCCACAGCUGUGAGCCUGGAGUAUCGUGCUCGGCAGCUCGCGGCACUAACACGGUCUAUAUUGUACCUAUUGUGAAUCGCACCACCGGUGGUGCGGAAAUCCCUGAGGUCGGCGCGGGCGGUGGUAUUGGGGAUCUGUACCAAACACAUGAACUCGAGCUGCCAGAUGAAUCUGCACUUGCUGAGUUGGAGAAGCUGUGUCUCAAACACGUCCAGGACAAACAAGCCCUUUCUCAGGUGCGAAGUGCCCUUCUGGAUGCGUUCCGGUCGAGAAAGAAAGCACUCUCGCUUGAUACAUACGGCGUGAAGGACGAGGGCGAAAUUUCAUUGAAGAAUCUGGUGACCGCUCUAAGCCACGGUCCAUCUGAUACCGCUAGUCGAUCAUCUCAGCCAGAUCUGCCUACCACGAUACGAUUCCCCUAUUCACGACACUCUUCCUACUCCGAACUAUGUGAACUCAUAGCUGCCUUCCGGCCCAAGGAUAUUCAUCCAUGCACCGUGGAUCCAACGACCUGGAACGAAAACGUCUCCGUCAGACGUUUGUUCGGUCACCUCUGUUCAGGAAACAAUUUUUCGCAUGACACUCACAUGCGGCAGACUCUAACUACUGAUGUCGAUAACGAGGGAGAUCUGCGGGCAAGAAAAAGAGCCCGAUACGACAUGGACCUCUCCACACAGUCCACACAAGAAACCAGUAGUGGCAUUGAAGAUUUUAGUCUUGGUACCGCCGAUGCAAGCCAGCUUCAUGAUCAGAAGCAGGACCCUCUACAUCAUUUGAGUCAAUCUGAAGAGACAGCCAGAGUUAAGCGCAACGAAAUCCGACAAGCACACCGCUAUCUUCAAGAGCAUCCAGAACCUGGGCUCUUCCAGGUCAAUCCUCUCCCGUCUACAUGGCCGGCAGAAAAAGAAGACAGUUUCGAUCCGGCCAGUGACGAGAGAAGUGAAGAAGAUGAUACGCUCAUACCUGACCAGUCGGGUUUAGAACCUCCGGCGACAGGACUCCGACUCAGGUCCGAACAAAGCACAUCUACAAAAAUCAUUGACCUAACUAGCGAUGGUAUGACGUCUCCUCGUCCAAUCACCCAACAAACAGAAAGUCAACACACAGACGUACUUUCUCUCUCCAUCUCCGAGUCAGCAUUUGACUCUCCGGACCAAAAUUCCGUUGAAAAUGGGCUACGGGAUCCGGCGCGAGGAGAAGAAAUAGUGAAUCGCUCACGCCGUGCGCGUGUUGCUGCUUACCUAGCUGCUCGCGAAGGUACUUUCUCUGCGUGGACAGAUGUAUCGCUUGUUUCGGCGGGUGAUAAUCAUGGUGAGGAGGAGAUUGAGCUAUGA